AGGUAGAAAUCAAGGAAAAAUAUCAGAUGGACCGAAAGGUUCAUGAGAAAGAGAGGAAAAUUCGGGAUGUUCAGGUCAGCUGAUGGACGGUUGGUGACAGCACCUUGACUUCUCUCCUCCAGCUGCCUCCUUUCCUCUCAACCCUCACCUCAUUCCCGAAAACAAAAACCCUAAGGCACUCUCUCGGAAACCCUAGCCGAACUUCCCCUGGGCUGAUCCCGAAUCCUCCCAUUGAUUCUCCCUGAACUCCCUCUGGGCUCCAUAACGGUAGGCAGACCAGACCCGACCCUAGUCUCCUCCUCUCUGAUCGUCUCUCUCUCUCGCCCCUUCUCAGUUCCGGCACAAACACAAACAGAGAGUAACCUCAGCAUUUCCAACACCAUUCCUAGCUUCUUCUUCCUUCCCUCGGUGACUCCCAGUGAAAAAAAAAAAGAACAACAGCAGCAACUACGAGCUUUAAAGAUACGUUUGUACAAGCACCUGAUGUGAUUCAGCUUCGAGCUCACACCCGCUGGGACCUUCUUCGACCAGCAGCUGCAACCAGCUCGUGGGCUGUGCUGUUCCGCAACUCCGGUGAGCUUAUUCGAUCUCUAUUUUGGCUGGUUUUGUAUAGCUAUAAUAUGCAAUGAUUUCUUGGUUGAUUUGGAGGACAUUUGGCUCGAUUUUGAUGAGUAAAAGACAUGUUUGUGAUGAAGGCUUAGUUACCCAAUGAUUUCUUGAUUAAUUUGGAGUCAUUUAGCAUGAUUUCCUUAGAUUGAGGUCGAGUUUAUGAUAGUGGUUGAGCUGAGAAACGAUUGUUGGUUCGAUUAAGAUGGUUCUAGCUUGAUUUCAAUGCUUAGAGAUUACGUUAAGAGUAUGGGCUGAGCUGUAUUUCUUUUUCUUUGACGGCUUUAUGGAAGUUUGCAUGGUUCUAAGAGCUUAAAUCCUCGUUUUGAUAUAGUGGCCGAGUUAUGAUACAGUUUUUUUCAUGGUUUCGAGCUCGUUUGGUAUGAAUCAAUUGACUUUUGGUUGGGUCUAAGGCAUGGGCUGAACGAGAUGAUGCUCUAUUGAUCAGGUUGAGGUCCUUUAGCAUAAUUUAGAUGAUUUGUGAUGGGAUUAUGGUACGGACUGAAUUGAUUGAUGGUUCUCUGUUCGGUAUAAGCACAUUCGACAUAAUAUUGAAGGCCAUACGUUAAAAUUAAUUGUGCGGCUGACUUGAACGAUUAUGGACGUGCUGUAACUUCAUUGCUUGCUGGUCUGCCUAGAUUUUGAUCCUUAGAGACUUGUUUUGGCCGCCUUCAAGUCAUUACAUGAGUUGUUAUUGUGUCCAUAUGUCUUAGUAUCGACUUUCUUAACCUUUUAUGUCAUUCCGGGUGCUAGGAAGUCGAGUCAUUGGGACUUUAAAGUCGUGACAAGAUUUCAAUGGUGGUCUUGGAACUCAUUUCAUUAGCCUUAUUCUCGAUCUUGUUCAUGGCUCGCAUAUUUGCUUUUGUCCCGCUUCUCCCGUGUUUGUUUCUUGUCUUGCAUGUCUCACGAGAGGAGAAGAAAGGCGAGAUAUAAGAAGAUAUUUGGCCAAUGCCGAUGGAGAUCCAAGACGACGUGGAGACUCACCUAGGCUUAGGCUGAGUCCCGACUUGAAGGCCGCCCCGGUCCGUGGUAGUCAAGGAUCUUCCGAGCUAGCUCAUCCUGAGAAUCUCUUGGGAUCAGGGAUGUCACGCCCGGUCUCCUGCCCGCGCCUCGACAGAGUCACACCACCGCUCGAGGAGAUUACCCGUAUAUGAAAAGCAUUAUGCCCAGUCGACCGCCGUUGCAUCUCUAUGUUCGUAGGGGAUAUCCCUUUGUUGGCUACUCGGCAAGUUGAUUGGAAUUUCCUCGAAGCCGCCAUCGCAUUCUGGAACCCAAGUCGCGCCGUCUUCGACAUACAGGGUACCGAGCUCACGCCAAACAUCGAGGAGUACCGGACACUUAUCGGUCGAACCGCAGUUGUCCACGGCAUUGUAGAACCCAACUUCCACACCGCCCGAUCAACCCUAGUCUCACGCCUACUCGGGGUUCCCACGACUCGUUUGAAUGCUGAACUCGCAUACUCCGGCAGCACGGAGAUUGCAAUCGAGAAACUCCUCUUUUUUAUUGAGUCCCGAGCGCAUAAGGUCCAGGGGAAUUUUCUUCGAAAGGAUUUAUGUCAUGCUGUUCUAUUGCUAAUUUUUGGGAUCCUCUUAUUCCCUCGCUCGCAUAGUCUCAUCGAUGCGGCCUUGGCCAGCGUUGUCCUCCAAAUGGUCGGAGGGCGUGGUUAUGAGGUAGCCCUCGUGGCUGAGACCAUCCGGUCCCUCGACCGCGUCUUGAGAACAUGCGACCGAAGGAUAAGAGGAUCCCCUAUGCUUUUACAAAUUUGGCUCCAAAGUCACGCAAACCCUCUGCGUUUGGUGCGCUCGAUUAUGUAUUUUAAUGGUCCAGAGUCAAUUAUUUCUCGAUUGCUACCCCUCCUGCGUGUGGAAGAACGCAAGGUCUCUGAGUGGAGCAAAAUUUUUCGUGAAAUAGCACCAAGGGGCUUCAAGUGGCGUGCCGCGUGGAUGCCACCCGGACCCAUGGCCCUUAGGUGUCCUGAUUUUUAUGGAGUCCCACUCAUGAGUCAUGCGGGGUCCACCACUUAUUUUCCGGCGCGAGUAGUGAGGCAGCUCGGUGGCUUACAAACGGUCCCCGAGGAUACGACGCGAACUAGAUUUGAACAUACUUGGCGGGAGGAUCAGACACCCGCAGAUCGCCAAAGUAACGUCGAUCAGAUACUGGAUGCAUGGCGAACUGUGAUUACCGAGCUUCCAUACUUCCCCGAGCAUCCGACCCUUGAUGAGCGGGAUUUCCAAGUUACAGAAGAAUACAUCCUUCGCUUCUACCGAUGGGGUCCAGCAGCACACGAGGAUCUCGUCAACUCUCCGCGAGUCGGAGAUGGCGGGUCACCCGGCGCAACUCCCACUCCGAAUAUGGCCAUCCAAGCCGAGCUCACUCAUCUCAGAGCCGAAAGAGAUCGUCUUCGUUGAGAAGUCGCAGAGAAGGACGAGCAGCUUGUUGACCAGCGCCAACUACAGAGAGAGCUCGCCCAGACUCGUGUCGAGCUACAGAGGCGCGAUCAGGAAUUGGCACGAGCAAACGCCGCUUUGGAGAGGUCCAGGAAAAGGACCCGCGGGGGUCCAUAUACACCCUAGGAUAGACACCCCUGCCAGACCCUUGAACUAGGACUUUCCAUGGCGAUGGUUGCUUGCUCCCCGAGCGCGGUGGAAAAUCGACUUAGGACUUCAAUUUCAAAACUUGCAUUGUACUUUGAAUCGUCCUAGUCAAUAUGAAUGACCGCAUUAGUAUUUUCAAAA